AUGCGUUCUGAGGUUAUCACGGCGUGCACCAUCGAUAGUGCUGUGGAACGAAUCCUGGAAGAACUGAAGGACAUUGGUGGUACCAGCAGCGGCAGGCGGCACAAUGUCAUCUACUUCGACGGUUGGGAUGGGCUGGGGGCAUCCGCCGUCCUCCGAGAAGUGGGCCGCCGUCUUGCUCCAGCAGCUUCAGAAGAGAAGAAACCAGCACUGGGCAGCGGUCUCGAGUUCUCGCUAAUCAUCAACCUCGACUGCUCCAAGUGGGAGAGCAGGAGAGCGUUGCAGAGGUCUCUCGCGCAGAAGCUACAGCUUCCUCCUCCAGUGAUGAACAUGUUCGAUGCACAAAAUGAGGAGGAUGAUUACAAUGGUGUGGACAAGGGCUCCCGCGCUGAGAUACCGCAGGUCGCUGAUGCAAUAUAUCGACACAUACAGAAGCAUCUGAGCAGCAGGUUCUUGGUGAUCUUCAACAACGGGAGUUGCAACGAAAUCGACCUUGAAAGCUUCGGCUUCCCUCUGUCAGGAUACUCAAGGAACAAAGCGCUGUGGUCAUUCCAAGGAGGGUUCCGGCUCUACCCUAGGACGGCUGUCAAUAAUGCCCUGGAGAGCAUGAAGAUGACAGAUGUUUUUCUCUCAGCAGCCUCUGAUCCUGACCCUGCAGUUAGUGGCUUUAACUUGUCCAGCAUUUUGCACCAUGAGGCUGCAGAAAUUGCACGCAAGAUCAAUAUUGGCGGCAUCAACUGGCCUGCAGCAGCAACCGAUUGCUUCUUGUACAUGGUGAAGCUUUGCCGCAUGGGCAGUCACUUGAUGGACUAUGAUUUGGCUACCCAUAGCUGCAACUAUUGGAAAUGCGAUGACGUCAUACAGCUACAACAUGGCACUGAUGAUGAUGAUGAUGGUAGAGUGUGGCUAUCCUAUGAUGCUCUGCAGCAUGAGAUGAUACUAGAUGUGGACUACUACCAAAGCCCAUCUUUGCCAUCACCAGUAAGCCGCUUGCCAGAGCAGAUAUCAUACUGGACUUCACCGACCUGUGGGUUCAUGCUGAUUCCGGAUCAGAAUGGCCGUAUUCCUAAAGGCAUGUUCCAACAAUAUGACACACUUCGUGUGCUCAAGCUAUCAGCCUGCAUGUUUAGCUGCACAUCUCCUCCGUUCCUCUGCUGCCACAGCCUCAGAUUUCUCUGGCUUGACCACUGCCGAGAAGAAAGCAGCAGCACAGAUGGAGAUGGAGUAGCAGGGAAUGAGGACAUCCCUCGGUGCUUCCAAGGGCUGUGGGUGCUGGACGUGCGCUACUCAAGCUCAAAGUUGUUGUCCAGCAGGAUGAUGGAUUUCAUGGCUCAACUCAGGGAGCUACAUGUGAUGGGACAACAGUUUGACAUGGGCGUGUUGAAGGGGCGGCUGCAAAACAUUCGAAAGCUCCGAGUAACAAACUGCAACAGCCUUGAGACCGUUAUCAUUAACGGGUCUACAUCUUUAAAAGAGGUAUCCCUGAAAGGGUGUGCCACACUGAAGAAUCUACUCUUGAGUGGGUUGUUCCAGCAGCUCUACAGCCUAGACAUCACUGGCACUGCAGUGAAAACACUGGAUCUAAGUGCAGUGGAGGCCCCAAUGCUCGAUCAGCUCUUCCUACUUGGUUGUGGGAAGCUUUAUGCAAUCCUAUGGCCACCUGAAGGCAAGAGGAAAAGAUACAUGGGCAAGCUACGCAUGGACACCACCCAAAAGGAGGGCAGCAAUACUACUGCCACUAAAACAGCAGCUAUGAGCGGAGGUGGAUCACCGGUUGAAUUUGAUUGGUAUAUUUCUGUGAGGGAAGCGAGGAUCCUUGGGUCACUUGUGCCCGUCAAAGAUUAUUUUGGUCCCAAUGAUGCGCAUGUGGUGAUUUCAACAACCCCAUCCCAUACUCACCGUCUCCGUGCUGAUGCCGCCGGUGGUAACAAAGGUAACAGAAUGAAGGGUAAAGACCAUAAUUCAAUAUAUGCAGAUGUCGCCACCACCCUUAAGGAGGACACCAUCAUGGAUUUACAGGCCGAUGGAGGAGAUUGUGAAGCUUGGGCGACCAUCUUGUCCAUCACCAGUAUCUUUGCAGCUCCGUUAGGAUCAAGUUGGAAUAAACUGGAGUGGUGUCGAGUCGAGCGGUGCCCCGAGUUGGAGUGUGUCUUUAGUCCUCAAGUAGGUGCAGUACCAGAUGGAAGUAGCAGUCACAUGGACAUAUUCAAGAAGCUCAAGAUAAUCUGGGCGUCACAUCUCCGCAACACACGCUGUGUCCUGGAGCGUCCUAGCUUAGAAGGACCCAGGUAUAGAGCAUUUGCAGACCUGACAUUAUUGCACCUUUACCGCUGCCCCAGGCUGCUAUAUGCUGUACCCUUGCAACUCGAAACGAUGUCCUUGGAAAAUUUGGAGACCCUCGAGAUCAUGUGGUGUGGCGAUCUCAGUGUGGUCUUUCACUUGUUUGAGGAAACCAGCGACCGUGGGAUGUACCAAUGUAGCUGGAAUUUUCCCAACCUGAAGGUCAUUCACCUGCAUGAGCUUCCAAGGCUGCGGGGCAUCUUCAAUGUCCCCUGGUAUGGCGUGAAUGCCCCAAAGUUUGAGACUGUCAGGAUCAGGGGCUGCUGGAGCCUCUGGACGUUACCACCUUUCUGUAGGAUGGUGAAGUGCGACUGCGAGAAGGAGUGGUGGGAUAGGAUGAAGGAAAGUCGUCGCAAGGUGCUGACGCACUACCACAAGCCGACCCACUCACGGUAUUACAAGAAGACCAUGCUGAGGGGAUCCCUCCUCAGGUAA